AUGGCAUCUAGCCAUCCUCCCCCGCGUCUUAGAACCCUCCUUAGAUUUCCCAAUGAUGAACAAAAAGCGCAAUAUUCCCGUCGCAGACCACCUCCAGCCCUUUUCUUCACGACCCAAGAAAGUCGUCUCAUCUGCCUCGACGAAUAUAUUGUCCAAACAAUCCGCAACAAACCUUUCUAUAUCCAUCGCCGUCUUGAUACACUUUUUCUCCCAAUCAGCAACCGAAUUUCCGAAGAUCUUUCACGCACCGAGCCCUUCUAUGGCUGGCUCAUCUCCCAAAUUUCCACCCUCGCCCUCGAAAUCUCCGUCGAUCCAGCAUUAUUGAACCUCAGACCAUCCUCAAAAUCUUUCCGUGUCUUACCUCCCAGAGCCGCUAUCAUUCCAUCCCUCGAUGGAUACAUGUGGAUGUAUUCUCUCACCUCCCCAUCCACAAUCCUCUACCUCACCUUUCAACUUAGCCCUGCGCGGCCAAGACCUCGCUCAACGCCCCCUCCACAGUCACUAUCUUCUCUAGAACCACUAUGCUCCCCAUCGUCACCGAUUGACCAAUACUACGCAGAUAUUAACCAAUACGCAGACAGGACCAUCAUAACAGAAUACGAAGAGGAUUGCGAGACGAAUAUGCCAUGGUCGAAGCUUCUGCCCAAGCCUAAACUCGUACCAGAUCCCAUGGCCAUUACAAGAAGACAACAGAUGGCUUUGAGAUUGGAGAGCGAAAGAAUGGUCACGAAGAAUGUAAGUUAUAGGACACACAAGGUGAUCCGAGAAUGA